AUGUUUGAACUUGUAAUAGCAUUUCACCAGCUAUUCUUGAGAAACCGUCUUCUUUUUUUUCUGCCAGCUGAAGAAGUGACUACCCAAGCCGAUAAUGAAAUGACCGCAGUUACAACCUCUUCGACGACUGCAGAUGCAAAGGAGGAACAACCAGUUCAGCAAAAAGAAGUCGAAGUCAAUCCUGCCUCGGUGGCUUCCAGAACUGAUGAACAGGUUCUCGAAAAGUUAUCCACAGAAAGCUCACACAGUUCAACGUCAACCCAGUCAGUUCAUCCUGCCCCGGUGGCUUCCAGAGCCGAUGUACAGGUUUCCGAAACGUUAUCCACAGAAAGCUCACAAAGUUCAACGUCAAACAAGCGACCAUCUCUCGAAGAAGCGGCUAAACCUCUGCAAUCCCCUCGUGUUUCUGAUGAGAUGCACGAAGAGGGUGCAAGUGAACGGAAGGUUGAGAAGCGAUCGCUCUCUGGAGAAGGGGAGAAUUCAAAUGAGGCGCCGAAGAAGAAACGACGGGUCAGGGUGCGGGCAAAUCGGACUUCUGUGGAGUGCGGUGACGACUAUGGAACUGGUAUCGACGAUGAUCGCUACGCCACAUGGCUUCCGCCUGAUGACCAAAGUGGUGAUGGAAAAACUGCUCUGAAUGCCAAAUUUGAAGGAAGAUAUUGA